AGAGCUGGUUGGAAUGAAGGCUUACUUCGAGUUGGAGGAGCAGGUUGGGCUACAGUCGCGAACGAAAAUUAGACCGGCGACAUACGGCGCUUCCUUUGGAAAUUUCGUCGGGAAUCGACCGCAUAAGAAUGUCUAUGUAAAGUCGGGAAGAUGAAUGAGUAAGCCCUGGACAUUUUGUCGGCUUCUCUUUGGUUUUUGGCUUUUUAAAAAAGAAGAGAGAUGAGUCUGGGAUACUGAUUGGAGUUGACAACCCCGCUCCACUAGAUCCACUCCUCCACUCCCCCACCUCUUUCCCAAACCAGGAAAUCGCCGAGGUGUGCUUAGCUCCCUCUCCCUUGAUACCAAUUACCCCUCAGUGGGUAGAUAGAUGUGUAUCUCCUCGAUAUCGUCGUUUUUAUUUUCUUUUUUUGCUUUGUAACUCCAUUCUCUCAUCUGAAGCCAAAACCCGAGCGGCCAAGAGGAUCUUCAUUCUCGCCUAACAAUGAGUGAGUCCAGCAUCUGCCAGGCGCGGGCCACGGUGAUGAUCUACGACGAUGCCAAUAAGAAGUGGGUCCCGGCGGGCACGGGGGCCCAGUGCUUCAGCAGGGUGCAGAUCUACCACAACCCCACCACCAACGCCUUCAGAGUGGUGGGACGCAAGAUGCAGACAGACCAGCAGGUGGUGAUAAACUGUCCGAUCGUGAAAGGUCUGAAGUACAACCAGGCCACCCCCAACUUCCACCAGUGGCGGGACAACAGACAGGUGUGGGGCCUGAACUUUGGCAGCAAGGAGGACGCUGCGCUCUUCGCCAACGGCAUGAUGCACGCCCUGGAGGUGCUCAAUGCCAUGGCAGACGCAGGUGGUCAUUCUAUACUCCCCCGUCCAGUGUCAAAUGGACCAUCCCAAGAGGAGAUUGAACAGCAGAGGAGGUUGGAACAGCAGAGACUGGAGCAGCAGGAGAGGGAAAGACAGGAGAGGGAGAGACAGGAGAGAGAACGACAAGAAAGAGAGAGGCUGGAGAGAGAACGACAAGCCGCGGCAGUUCCCCCUGCCCCUCCAAUGGCUCCUGGAGGUCCCCCGCCACCCCCGGCUCCUCCACCCCCACCUGGCCCUCCACCCCCACCUGGCCCUCCACCUCCUCCCGCCCCCUCAGGUGGUGGGCCUCCUCCCGCCCCGCCACUGCCGCCCUCCGGGGGAGGUGGAGGAGGUGGCGGAUUGGGAGGAGGAGGUCUCGCAGCAGCCCUGGCUGGAGCCAAACUCCGCAAAGUGCCCAAGGAUGAUGGCGGUGGUGGAGGUGGCGGCGGAGGUGCUGGUGGUGCUGCCAAGCCUGAUGCCAGCAGAAGCAGUGCCUCGAUGCCCAGCGGGGGUGGAGGCCUGAUGGGCGAGAUGAGCGCCAUAUUGGCACGGAGGCGAAAAGCAGCAGACAAGGGAGAGAAUGCCCCUGCAAAACAAGAUGAGGCCCGCAAUGAUGACUCUGAAUCACAGACUCCCAGUGAACCCGUGAGAAGACCUUGGGAGAAAUCUGCUACCAUGCCCAGGACGCCCUCAUGGAAUGCAGAUUCCAUCUCCUCCAGCAGCGCGUCCAGAAUGAAGGCCACGAACAACACAAAUGAGUCGUCAGACGGUGGUGAUGAGACCGACAUGGAAAAACUGAAACAGGAGUUGCUGGAAGAGGUGCGAAAGGAACUGCAGAAAGUAAAGGAGGAGAUCAUUAAUGCAUUCGUUCAGGAACUCCAGAAGAGGGGGUCCACAUAGUCCGACUGCACAGCACAGCCAACUGCUCUUGUCUUGAGUGGAAAAGGGGGAGGAGGGACUCCUCUCUCGCCGUCUUGCGUAGCCCAGGGAUUCCUUCUCUCUUACUUGCAUAUAUUCCGAGUCUCACAGACUUUUACACACACACACACACACACACACACACACACACACACACACACACACACACACACACACACACAGUUCUCAUUCGCAUACACCUACACAUGCAAAUAUGUUAAAUACCCAGGGAAGCUCCCAUCAAUAACUUCACUUUAGCAAAGGAAUAGGUAAUGUACUACCCAAACAUGAUGAGCCGCCAGAACUUGCUUAUCGAACUCUCUUCCUCCAUCUAUCUAUCUAUCCAACCAUUUAUUGUUUUGUCCCUCUCCCCCCCCCUCUCCCACCCCUUUCGCUCUGCUCAACCUGUGCACCUAUUAUUAAGAACCACUGCUGAGAAAACACACAGUUCUCUCUCUCUCUCUCUCUCUCUCUCUCUCUCUCUCUCUCUCUCUCUCUCUCUCUCUCUCUCUCUCUCUCUCUCUCUCUCUCUCUCUCUCUCUCUCUCUCUCUCUCUCUCUCUCUCUCUCUCUCCCUCCCAUUUUUUUUUUAAUUCUCCUGUGUCCUGUCUCUAGUAAUACCGGCUCCAAUCAGCAGGGGGCGUGUUUCUCCAUUCUCCAUUCCACACCUUUCCCUCCACCACUUCCGACCAGGUCUCAUGGGAGACCGAAAGGCAUUCAGGGAUUCUCGCGACUCGUGUAUCAUAUC